UAAAGAGAAGAAUAAUUAUAGAAAAAGAAAGAAGUAAAAGAAAAAGGGCAAAACAGUAAAAGUCUGAAGCAACCAGGAAAGACCGAUGCUUGAGUUCAAAGCAUUGGUGGCUCCGAAGGCCGAACCACAAGUAAAGAACCUUAAAAAACCUAUUCAAUCUCAACUACUUUCUGUCGCUGUGUUCUUGCUUCUGUUAAAACCCAAAAGCCCUUCAAAAAAUAGAACAGAGAGAUAGAAAAUGGCGAGCAGUUCAUCGAACUUGGAAGAUGUACCCUCCGAAUCACUCAUGAACGAGCUUCUCCGUCGUUUGAAGUGUGCCACCAAACCCGAGAAGCGCCUCAUCCUCAUUGGUCCACCUGGAUCGGGAAAAGGUACUCAAUCACCAAUGAUUAAGGAUGAGUACUGCUUGUGUCACCUGGCCACUGGUGACAUGCUAAGAGCUGCUGUUGCUGCUAAAACCCCACUUGGUAUCAAGGCCAAGGAGGCUAUGGAUAAGGGAGAACUUGUUUCUGAUGACCUGGUCGUUGGCAUAAUCGAUGAGGCAAUGAAGAAACCUUCAUGUCAAAAAGGUUUUAUUCUUGAUGGAUUUCCAAGGACUGUAGGCCAAGCACAAAAGCUUGAUGAAAUGCUUGAAAAGCAGGGAGUUAAAAUUGAUAAGGUGCUCGAUUUUGCAAUUGAUGAUGGAAUCUUGGAGGAGAGGAUUACCGGUCGCUGGAUCCACCCUGCUAGUGGUAGGACCUACCAUACGAAAUUUGCUCCUCCUAAAGUUCCUGGUGUUGAUGAUGUGACUGGGGAACCUUUGAUUCAACGUAAAGAUGAUACUGCAGCUGUUUUGAGGUCCAGGCUAGACACAUUUCACAAGCAAACUGAACCAGUGAUCGAUUAUUAUUCCAAGAAGGGAAUAGUUGCAAAGCUUCAUGCAGAGAAGUCUCCGAAAGAGGUUACGGAUGAGGUUCAUAAAGUACUUUCAUGAUGAAAUUGCACCAGGGAUGAGGUUCAGAAGGUGCUCUACUCAUGAAUGUUGGUUCAAUUAACCUCCAAACAGAAAUUAUUUUCGAGAAUUUCCUGGAUUUUUGCUCAUUGGUACACAUACAGAUACUCUGAUCCAUUAUCAUGCAUUUCUAUUUUGGCCCAAAUGGCAAGGCUUUUGUCUGUUUUAAGGUUUGCUGAUGCUGCUGAUUAUGUUUAAAUAAUGAUACUAUAGAUUGACAAACAAAUUUUUUUUGGAUAGUUUACUUU